CAACUGUCAAACGUAUAAAAUGAGCGAAAUUAAUCAAAAUAUUUGGUAACUUUAUCAAAAUGGUUAAACGAGAUACUAUUUUCGUGGUGUAGCAGCAGUACGUAUACAACGGGGAAAAAGCUAUACGGGCGGCGAGCUCGUGAGGCAGAUGCGCGGCUCCUUGCUGAGGCCAUUCCAACAUGUUGCCUUCGCCUCGCCGUGCCGGCAUCUACCGUCGCCAACUUCUUGCACUCCGUACCCUUCCAUCAAAACUAAACUCGGGUACCACAACCACAAUCUCACGGUAGGAUGGAAGAAGUGAAAAGCUGGUUUUUCGGAUUCGAGUACUUGGAUUACUUCUGGGCAAUACUGUUAUCGUUUAUAAUGGAAAGAAUCUGCUGCUUGCAAGAACAAUUUACAAGAGACUAUACAGUGCUCCCAGACCCACCGGCAAAUGACGACGAGUCAUAUCAUUCAAUAAACUUGGAAGAAUUCUCAGAUAGAGAUGGUUCUCUGAAGCUAAGUUUCCUGCGGCUGUGUCGGUUAUCACAGCUCACCAUAUUGCUGACAAUCGUCUACUUCUUCAACAUUUGCUUCUGGUAUGCACUGACGAAAAAGGCUUUGCCCAACUACAGGUUUAAAAUAUCUAUUUCCUUAUGAUAUCUAGAAUACAUACAUACAUAUAUCAAUGGUACAAGAUAUAGAUU